GAAGAUAUGACAUUGAUAUCUAGUUUACCGACAAUUUACUCGGCUUCUAAUUCCGCCAGUUGGACGAUGGCCGUUUCUCCCUUUUUGGAGCAAGCGAGCAAUGUGAAGUUGCUUCUGUCAGGGAAUAUGGGAUUUCGUGAGUUUUAUGUUGAAACAAAUCCCUUUGUCACUGGAUUAAUCCUUGCUUUGAUGGUUGGGGUUUUCCUGUGGGCGGUAUCUGUCCAAACAGGAAACACGUCCCAAGUGGAUCGCGCAUGGCCAAUUUUACCGACUCUAUUUUCAGUUCAUUUUCUGCUUUAUGGGAUUUUAUUUAACAUUGCUUCUCGUCGGCUGAUGAUUAUGGUGUUUUUGCAAUUGCUGUGGAGUAUUCGAUUAACAUAUAAUUACUAUCGUAAAGGAGGUUACAAACGAGGAGCAGAAGACUAUCGGUGGCUUAUGGUUCGUAACAAUAUACCUUCUUACCUGUAUCCUAUUGUACAUUUCUUUUACAUUCACAUAUUUCAGGUUCUUCACCUAUAUUGGCUUGCUUGCCCUACAUAUAUUGCAAUGCUGGCAGCUAACGAACGACCCUUUGGUUUAUUAGAUUGCAUGGCUUUAGAAUUGUUUAUGUUUACGUUUGCAGUUGAAAUCCUUGCUGAUCAGCAACAGUGGGAUUUCUACCAAGCACGAGAUCUAUACAGAAAGAAUAAGGAGCUUCCCCCACACCUGAAUUUUGAUUUAAUGACACUCGCAAAAGGGUUUAAUACAAGUGGUCUUUUCAAAUGGUCGAGACACCCUAAUUUUUUAGCUGAACAAAUUAUUUGGGUCGUUUUCUAUCUGUUUGGGGCUAUUGCCUCAAAGACUUGGAUUAACUGGACAAUUCUGGGCCCCUUGGGUCUUAUCGCCGUGUUUCAAGGCUCGACAAGGCUAACGGAAACUAUCUCUUCCAAGAAGUAUCCGCUUUACUCUUUGUACAGUCGAAAGGUUGGUAGAUUUUUUCCAAGGCUUGAUGGCUCUCACUGGGAGCUUAUCGAUGAAGAUUCUUCUAUGAAAACAGAAUAAGCAGUGAAUGAAGCAUCUCUUGGUGUUUAAAGUACUUGAAACGGUCCUGAAAGAACCUUUAUGUUUUCCUGAAGAUAUAAAGAUUCACGUAAUGAAGUUUUGAUUAAGCUUCUGUGUUGCCUAUUUAUUUAUAUGUAAAUGUAUGUAAUAGUAUGAAUUGAAUUUUGGAAAUGUUUUUAUUAGCAUGACUCGGAAAAAGCAUAGAGAAAAAAAAAUACUUUGUAUCCGUA